CACGGAGGCAAUGCUUCACGUAUCGCCACGCGAGGUCUCCAGAGUCAACUCAGAAUUUGUCUACGACUCCUGCGGAUCACUGCAGAACCUUAAUUGUCAUCGCUGAUAUUUGGGCAAAAGCAAGUUAUGAGUUCGAUACUCGUGCCGGAAAUUCCACCAGCGGGCUUUUCUUUUGAUCUCUGUCAAAGGAACAAUGCACUGAUCAAGAAAGGCUUUGCUGCUCCAAAAGUAGUAAAGACAGGCACCACCAUUGCUGGUAUAGUAUACAAGGAUGGUGUUAUUCUUGGUGGUGACACGAGAGCCACCGAAGAUACCAUCGUGGCUGACAAAUACAGCUUGAAGAUUCAUUAUCUGGCUCCUAAUAUGUACUGCUGCGGAGCAGGCACUGCAGCUGAUACUGAGAUGACUACUGAGUUGAUAGCUAGCCAAUUGGAGCUGCACCGUCUAAACACUGGCCGUGUUGUUCCUGUAUGUACUGCCAAUACAAUGAUAAAGCAGAUGUUGUUCCGUUAUCAAGGCCAUAUCGGUGCUGCCCUUGUAUUGGGUGGCUUUGAUCUCGAUGGUCCUCAGUUAUAUUGCAUUUAUCCUCAUGGCUCUACUGAGAAACAAAAGUAUACUACCAUGGGAUCUGGCUCAUUGGCUGCCAUGGCAGUCUUUGAGAGCAGAUGGAAACCAGAUCUAUCGGAGGAAGAGGCGAAACGAUUGGUGGCGGAUGCAAUUCGCGCCGGUGUAUUCAACGACUUGGCGUCCGGCUCGAACGUGGAUCUUUGCAUAAUCCGCAAGAGCGGUGUUGAAUAUCUGCGGCCGUACGAUACUGCUAGCGUGAAGGGUGAACGGCAGUUCAAUUAUCGCUACAAACCUGGCACCACUGCGGUACUCAGCAAGAAGAUUAUUCCGAUCGUCGUGGAGGAGGAGCAUGUGCGCACUAUUAGAGAGGAACCGAUGGACACCUCUUCAUGAAGAAGUUUUUUUUAACUUAAUUCGGUGUUUUUAGUUCUAAGUUUAAUUCGUAAAUGAUUUUUGAAGGCGAGUGAAGUCUCGUAAAGUCCGGGCGUAUAUUUCUAAUAAAGGUCGUCGAGAUCACGCAAAACAAAAAUGUACGAUUUUUAGGUUCUAAUUUUUCGAAAAAAGAUGAACUACGAUAAAGAGCUAAUUAAAAUCGACGAAUAUUAAUGACAAAAACGAAAAUGUACGAUUUUUAAGUUCUAGUUUUUCGAACAAAGAUGAACUACGAUAAAGAGCUAAUUAAAAUCGAAGAAUAUUAAUGACAAGUAUUACAAGCCGCACUUUAAGAGAAAGAUGUAGGACAGCUUGCGAAAGUAUCAAUAAUUUUCAAACCGAAAGCGAUAAAAAAAUGUAAUAUUCUCGGGAAAAAUAUUAAAUAUUAGAAAAGUC